GUUAUGUAUUUCUUUUGGACUCAUUUCACACACUGGUGAAGACUUUUAUGUAACACACUGUAUCAACAUAUCCACUCAGUCUGACACAGUGCUGAGAAGGGUCUCGCCCACAACUGUACCACAUUGUCCUAGAAGGUCAUUUUAAAUCAGUUCGUACAAGAGUUGCACAACUGCGAGUCAUAACGUCUGACCCAAGUCCACGGCACACGCCAUCGAGUUUGAGUUAUGUUUUUAUCUGUUUCAGAUUGUUCAAGAUGCGUCCAAGGCAGGCUUAAGUUUGAAAGGCAACUACACCACGGACGGCUUCUGGAAGUUCACCAGCUCAGCUGUGUUCGCUGCCACCGUGGUCACAACUAUAGGUUAGACAGCAUGGGAUGAAACCCACGAGAGAGGUUUAUGAUCAUGUGUUGCAACACGUGCUCUUAAAAAGUUUUGAUCUUGUGUUGGAUUUUACUUAUUCAACAUAUUGACUAAUUUUACAGCCCAAAAAAUCAUACUCCUUUGAGAGCAGUUUUAAUUUCAUUUAAUUUAUGGAAUGUUUCUGGGCAGUAGGUGGGCUUUUGAAUGAAUUUGAUCCUCUUUAUUGUCUAUGUGUUUUAGCAAACUUUAGCUGGCAGGCUUUAUUAUGUCAAAUAAUUAACCCAGAAUGAAGACUCGUGGUGCCUUCUGUACAUUUGGCCCGACCAUGACCCUCAUUUAUCUUUGUUUUGUUUGCCUUUAUGACAGAAAGCCAAUCAUCAGCAUCUGCAGUGCAAAUGAAUAUAUUUCUAUAAAUCUCAGUCACAUUUAACCUGUUCUGUAAUUUAGUCCAUUCUAUAAAGUGAGGCACGUCACUUAUUUAGUGCUAUUAAUGAAACAGCAUGAUGAGAUACUAACACCUUACAGUUUCGCAGGUUAUGGGAACAUAAGUCCCAGCUCCACUGCUGGCCAGAUCUUCUGUGUGUUCUUCGCACUAUUUGGUAUCCCACUCAACAUGGUGGUGCUCAACAGGGUUGGCAAGUACAUGCUCGUUAUAGAGAGGAACCUCUCUGACUUCCUCAAGGAGAAGACCGGGCGGAGGUGUACCCGCUUUUUGGUCCACCUGGUGUCUUACCUGUCAGGGGCAGUUCUCUUCUUUAUCGUACCCAUGAUUGUGUUCCAGCAGCAUGAGGGCUGGACCUACUCCCAGGCCAUUUACUACUGCUUCAUCACCCUCAGCACCAUCGGCUUUGGAGACUUUGUGGCGGAUAGCAAUCCAGACAAAAAGUACCCCGAGUGGUACAGCGUGCUCAUGGCCUCGUGGAUUUUCUUUGGCCUGGCCUGGCUGGCCUUGCUCAUAAAUCACUCCAUCGACAUCCUGGAGAGGCUCAACACCCACUUUAAACUGCGAUGGUGCAGACAGACGAAGGAAGAGUCUGGCAGUGCAGAGGGGGACACCCCGGACACACAGGUGGAGGAGGAAGAUGAGAUCAAGAAGGCUCCUGUAACUGAGUAAUGUACAAAAAAGAUUUCAGUGAGUUGACCUAUCCGUAGAGUUAUCUGUCUGUAGAUCAGGAUGUGGGCAUAUUGUGGAAUGUGGCUAAGCUGUGACAGCUGUGUCUGUGUGUGUGUGUGUGUGUGUGUGUGUGUGUGUGUGUGUGUUAUAAGACUGUAAAUGUUGAGAGUCUGUGAUGAUUUAAUAUGUGUCGGUUUUGACCCCUUUCUCUUUCACUGCUGCUCAAAUAUUGACUCAUUUUUGUUGAGUCAGGUUUGUUUGUUUGACAGCAGACAACGCCCACGUAAUGUUUGGUCUGUCAGCACUUUGUCUCCCAUACUGUAAACAAGUGACUCUUCGCCCCAAUUAAACUACCUGGUUAAAAAGAGUCAUUCGAGAUUAAAGUCUACUGGAGGGUAGUGGGUCAGCGCGUCCGUUGCAUCAUGUAUCUGUCUGCAGGUUCGUGGUCAGCGGAAAACUCUAGUCAGCUCGUCUGUUGCUCUUUGGCCUCUCGGUGUGUUGCCACUGACCACAAACCCAAGUCAUUUGCCAACUCAUUUUGCAAGUGGCUGAGCGACACAAUGACCCGUGCAUUUUGAACCACCGGUGAUGCAUACAGUCAAAACCACAAUCAGUUAAAAAUACAUGCAAAUAAUGUGAUUUUUGUUGCGUAAUAGGAGUACCUGAAAUUGCCAUCAUUGAAGACAUCAUGGCCUUGAUUUACCAUGACAUGUUAAAAAUGUACAUUCAAAAUGCUGAGCUAAUGCUAAACACACCAAAUACUGGAAGAUUUUAAUGUAAACAUGAAAGAAAGAAAGAAAAUCAAUGUGAUUAGAUUACAGAAGAUAUUUCCCUGUUUGCUUUUAAUUUUAAGUAACUAACACUGUUAUAUCAAAUAUUAACUGUUACGAUCUCCAUUAUAUUUAUUCUAUUUUUAUUUAUUUUUACCACAUUUGAAUUGUUACGGGUUUUUAUGCCUUUUUUUCAUGUCUUUCGAGCAUUUAGUGAAGCUCAUCUGUGUUGAAAUUAGCUUUGUAUCCACUAGGUGGUGUUACUAUACCAACACUGGGGAAAUAAUACAUUCAAACCAGAGGCAAAGCAGCCAGUACAUACUGUGUAUUUGUUCUACAUAGUGUUGAAAUCAUAUAAACUACCCACAUGGAUCACAGUCAAUAUAUUCCUACACUUCAGAAAAGAAUAUCAUGUGUCAGACGGAACAAACUCAAACGUC